AUGCCGAGUUCAAGCAGCAAUCAGAAGCGACUGACGUAUGUUCUGAAAGAAAACAGCAGCAAAUACCUAUUGGGUGUACCUGAAGCCAACGCAAGAAUCAACAGAACGUUCCCGCUAUAUACCCACCUCGAUACGCUUGAUAAUGGAAUAGAGUCUUCUACCACAGCGCUCGACAAGGAGGACCACCCAAAGCACUCACUGGGCGUCACAACGCUUGCACUGGAUACGGCCACUCAGCUUUCUGGAAAAUCAAGCCCUGAGGGUAUCUUGUAUACGUCAGGCAAAGACGGACUUGUCGCAAGUUGGCAAUUGGGACUCCAGACGAGAAAGAGGAGCGUAAAGUACGGCACAAAUGAUGAGCCUGUUAAGCACUUUGAGGAAAGCUAUCAACUCGACGCUCAGCCGAUAGAUCAGCCAAUUUUCAGACAAUGUGUACAGACGCACACAGACCAUUGCAACGAUAUUAUACUCGCCAAGCAGAAUCAGGUUCUGGUUUCCGCGUCGAGUGAUAGGACGGUUAAGGCAUGGAGACCUCAUGCGGAAGAUAAUCACAUGCCGGCUGUGGUUGGCACCCACGGCGACUACGUUAGAGUUCUUUCAUACGCCCGCGAUCGCUCUUGGAUUGCCUCAGGUGGAUUAGAUAGAUGUGCCAAAUUAUGGGAUUUAAAUGAGGAUCGCAACGAUGCUGUAAUCUCUAUACCAACUGAGCAGUCAAUCUAUUCGAUUGCUACUAAUCAUUCAGCUGGACUGCUGCUCACAGGCACACCUUCACGAGUCGUCAAUGUCUGGGAUCCACGGUCCUCUAAGCCGAUUAACAGUUUGGCUGGACACAGUGACAAUGUGCGCUCGCUGCUUCUAUCAGAAGACUCUACGAAAGCUCUUUCCGCAAGCUCAGACUCUAAUAUCAAAUUGUGGGAUCUUAGACAAAUGGCAUGCAUCAAUACAUUUGGUCACCACAGAGACAGCGUAUGGAGUCUAUUUUCGCAAGAUCCUUACCUCAAAACUUUCUAUUCCGGAGAUAGAAGUGGUAGAAUUACUAAAAUGGUGGGCGAGGACGUCAAGGAGGUCGCAACGGCCAGACAUGGUGUUACGAAGCUUAUAGCGAGCGAUAACAACUUUGUUUUUAGUGCUAGCGCAGGCAGUAGCAAUGUGAGCAUCUGGAGUGAUGUUGAUCAACAGCAGCAAGAUGAGGAUGCCACACCGAAAUUAUCAAUCCAACCACCACCUACUAGCCGUCCAGAAAGCUCAUCAUUGAAGCAGAGCUCGUCAUCAUCGAUCAGUUCAAGAAUAUCUAGGUCAUCUCUUAACGUAGAACCACUGGCAAUAAUCAAAGGUCGACAUGGUAUCAUCAGAGCGCUAAUGCUGAACAACCGCAGACAUGUUCUCACUAUUAACACUCACCGACAUGUAUCUCUAUGGGAUAUAGUUAGGUGUGUAUGCGUUGGUCAGUACACCGAUGAAGUUAUUGAUUCUAUUCUCGAUGAGGCCACCGAUGGUAGUAGCACGCUAACUAGUCAAGACAUUUUGGAGAAAGUCAGAGAGAAGAUCGAAGGCCAAGCUGUAACCAACGCCUGGAACAGCAUUGACUGUCAGACUGGUUCACUUACAAUCCAUCUCGACGAGAGCAGGUGUUUCGACGGUGAAGCAUAUCUCGAUGAGCUUGGUAUUGAGGGUGUUAAAAUAAACGACGAAAACAAAGAUAAACGAGUAAAUCUAGCAAAUUUAGUACUCACCAAUCUUUUACGCCAUUUCAUAGAGUAUGAGAAGAGGCACAUCGGUGAAGAGUCUUCAGGAACUGAAGUUGCUUCUUCAGACAAGCCUUAUGUUAACCAGAAUGCUAGCGGUGGAUACGGAACGCCGACGCUUGGUACACCUGGUCUCGAGACACCCCAGAUUGGUAUAUCGAGGCAGCUGGCAACUCCACCUGCGACGCCUGCACUACCACCACCUGCUUUGGCCGAACCACCACCUAGUACGUCGCUAAGCGAUCGUACUCCAACAAGUCAGACGAAGAGUGACUACUUUAGUCUUGAUACUACUAUGCAGCAACACCCAAAUGGGGAAAGUACUGCGUUUCGGGAUGUUACCUUUAAUAGGCCGACUUUGGGACUGAUGCCGACGCCUGGACAUUCCGGAGCACCAACACCUGCCCCUGCAUUUGCAUCUGCAUCUGUAUCUGAUAACGAAAGCUUUUCUAAUGCUGAGGACGAUAACAACCCGGGAGCACCACAAUCGCAGUCUCAGCCCGUAUCACACAGUAAUUCACCCAGCAAAUUGAAAGUCUCGACUUCUAGUAGCUCGAGUAGUCUCAAACCACAAGAAAGCAGCUCGCAGGGCGGCUCACCUACGCUUUCGGCAUCUCCGUCAAGUAGUAGACUAGGUGGUCUAAUGGGCAGGAUGCUGAUAUCGAAUGCUCGUUCGAAAGAGAAGAAGGAAGCUGCAAAUGUAAAGAAAGAGGAGAGUAGUCCAGUGAUAGCACCCACACCACAAACCACUCAACCGCAAAGUCAAGUGACUAUUAUGCAGAGUAUAAAAGGAAGAUUCAAUCCUGCGUCUAAGAGCGACGUACCUGAUAUCACACUCCACGAUAAUAUACCAAUUGUCGUCAGCGAAGAAAGUCACGAUACUGAGGCGUUUGUGAGUGUAUACAGAGGGUUAGUUGGCACUACUGGAGAUAGUAAUGAUGUAAAGCACCUCGAAAAGACACUGCCUGAGUGGGUUCUGGAGAUGGUACUGUGCAACAAUGUUUACAAAGACCCGCGUACGCCCAAGGCUACAUUCUGGCUCGAGAGACAUCCAGGGGAGACUGAGUUAGGCGAUUUACCAGAGAGCGGAAACAGACUGAAUGCAAGCAGAUUCUUGAGAACGAGGAAAUUAAUGAACUAUGUCAAAGAGAAACUCCCACAAGAUAAGUCCGUUGCGAAAGAUGUAGCAGUCGAAGGAGAAUUGGAACUGAUAUGCAAUAACGUCCCAUUAGACGUUACACUGACACUUGGAACAAUCAAGCAGUUUAUAUGGCAGCCCAAGAGGAAUGAAAACCCAGACGACGACAGUUUGAUAGAUCCAGUGAUAUAUUAUAAAAAAAGACAAAUAUAA